AUGGCUCCGGCAAAGAAAGGUGGCGAGAAGAAGAAGGGCCGUUCUACCAUCAACCAGGUGGUGACCCGAGAAUACACCAUUAACAUUCACAAGCGCAUCCAUGGCGUGAUCCUCAAGAAACAUGCCCCUAGGGCACUCAAAGAAAUCCAAAUUUACCAUGAAGAUGUGUGGAUUGACACCAGGCUUAAUAAAGCCGUCUGGGCCAAAGGAAUAAGGAAUGUUCCAUACUGUAUCAGGGCACGUUUGUCCAGAAAACAUAAUGAGGAUGAGGUCUCACCAAACAAUCUCUACACAUUGGUAAUUUAA